UCAAGCGCAGGAAGUCCGAGGUCAUCUGGAUGUGAAAAGGCAAUAAAGGGCCCUAAGAAGAGGGACAGAAGGACAGACUGUGAGAAAUAUGCAGCUUCGAGAGUCCAGCUGGCAUUUGGUUUCAUAUCCGCCAAACAAAGCCUCCCCGGCCUGCAGCAGCAGGUUUAUGGAUCACUGAUUACUAAGUCAGAUAUGAAAGCUGCCAAAGGUCACCGACCGUCUCAAAGACGACAACCAAGAGAAUACGCCAGCGAGCUUCAACGCCCUCGUGGGUUAAGAUGAGUUAAUAAAGAGGAAUAACACACUCACGGACACGGUUCUCCCUCCGGGUGGCCAUGCUGGGGAGAACAAGAACCGUCAGUGGACGUUGCAGGUUCGAGCUCCAGCAGCCCCGUCACUCCUGCUUUUCGUCCGCUCCCCCUCCCACCGAGCUCCCCAGACUCCAUUACCCAGCAGGCAUUGAGAGCAGGAAGUACAAGAUGGGGCAGGAGGCUCAGAUGAUCAACAGCAUCUUAAAGGCCAACGAAUUUGGCCACACCCUGCCCAGAGGCCCCGCCUCCCAUGGCGUUCUGGGUUUCCACAGCAACAUGCUGCCAUCCAACCAUCCCAGCGAGGACCGCCGGAGCAACGCCACCUGCCUGCCGGGCCGUGGGGGCGUCAUGUUCGCCGUGUUUGACGGCCACGCCGGGGCGGCGUGCGCCCACGCCGUCAGCCAGAGGCUCUUCUACUACGUCGCAGUGGCAACGCUGCCGCUGAGGACGCUGGCGGAGCUCGAACGGGCGGUGGAGGAAGAACGGGCCGUACAGCCGCUGCUGGAGUGGCACAAACACCCUCAAGACCACAACUGUCCCGACGGCGCAGCCAUCUCCUUCCAAAGCCUCCGGAACUACUGGCAGGAGCGACUAGAGGACGAAGAGGAGGAAGAGGAGGACGGCUGCAGGGUGACAUCCGCGCUGGUCAACGCUUUCCUUCGCCUGGACUACGACCUGUCCGUGGAGGCCCAGGUCCACCUGUCCACGUCUUCAACCAGACGGGUGUCUCUCCCCGAGGAGGCCUCGUCUCCGCCAUCCCCCCUCCGGGUGGCGCUCUCCGGGUGCACGGCCUGCGUGGCCCACGUGUCCAAGGGCGUCCUACACGUGGCCAACCUGGGCGACAGCCGGGCCGUGCUGGGCGUCAGGGAGCCCGACGGGAGCUGGUCGGCGCUCAGCCUCAGCAACGACCACAACGCGGAGAACCCGGACGAGCUGCAAAGGAUUCUGGGGGAACAUCCGCUGUCCGAGCGACGGACAGUGGUCCGCCACGACCGCCUGCUGGGCCUGCUGCUGCCCUUUAGGGCGUUUGGAGACGUGCGAUUCAAGUGGAGCGCCGAGAUGCUCGGUCGGGUCUAUGAAACGCAGCCGGAGGUCAGGAGGACGCCGCCGCCGCACUACUUGACCCCGCCUUACCUGAGCGCCCGGCCGGAGGUCGCUCUGCACCGCAUCACGCCCCGAGACAGGUUCCUGGUGCUGGCAACCGACGGACUCUGGGAGCUGAUGCACCGACAGACCGUGGUCCAGCUGGUGGGUGAACACUUAACAGGCCUCCAGCAGCAGAGACCCAUAAUUCCCGGCGCGGGCACGACGCUGGGCCGCAUGCAGCGCCUCCUGCUAGAGAGGAAGGGGCGGGGCCUGUCGGUGCUGGAGGACGAGAACGCCGCCACCCACCUGCUCCGUCACGCCCUGGGGGACGACGGGUACGGAACAGUGGCACCGAACCGGCUGGCCAAGAUGCUGAGUCUGCCGGCCGAGCUGGCCCGGAGGUACCGCGAUGACAUCACCAUCACGGUCGUUCACCUGAACGAGCCCGACCUUUAAGUCAGAGGUUUACCUGGCAGGUGAUGAAUUAGGAACUCCUCGAUCUGUUGCCCUCUGUUUCUCUUACCUUGAACAUUAAAGUUUUGUUUAAAGUCA